AAAAACCCAGGCGGGCCAACAACUUAUCCAGGUGCUCCUCAUUAUCAGUCCUGCAUUCAAUAAUCACUUCCUCCGUCGGACGGGCCAAAAUUUCCGCGUUGGUAACACGCCACGGCAAAAUCGCACACAGGAUCGCAUCAACAUCAGCCACCUUAUCAGUCCCCUCAAUAGUCCUCGGUCACCUGACUCCUUCAGCCUCCAAUGCCUCCUCCCAUUCCCGUGCAACAACCCAAUCAACUCCCGAGUCUGACUCGCUAGUAGAUGGCAGGGAGGCAGGAAACCCAUGGAGCUUGGCAUCCCUCAACGCUACCUCCUAACUCUCUUUAUCGCAGGACCAACCUCGAAAUUGACCCCCAAGCCCCUCAAAUGAGCGAAGAAACUCGUAAGAGGGGUGGGAGAUCCAGGCAAAGUCGUAAUCUAUUAGGGCGGUUAUACGCCCCGACGUCUCGUCUAAAUAAGACGUUGGUUGGGCCUAGAUUGGGCAUGGUCAGCUAUCGACAAAGACAAGGGACAAGAGUCUGAUAUGGUUGGUAUAUCACUGAAAUCACAGUGCACCACCACCUUGUCAUCCUUACCGCUCACUAACCGAUGAACUGCUCACAUACUCUGUCAAAGGUUUCCUGUGUCUUCACAAUAAUUACUGAUGACUGCAUCGUGAUAUAUCUCAGCACCGGCGUUGCCAGCUAUCGAGUGCGAACGGGUCACAUUCUCCAGUGCAUUUGGCAUUGAAACAUCACCAUUUCAGGGGGGAGCUCAACCCUCACAACGACAAACUGUGGGCUGAUUUGUAUGAUUUUGGAAUCUCCAGAAUCAGCACGGAGGAGGCGAGACCAAUGGAGAACAAGACACUUCCAAUACCCGGCGAUGAUAGGUGGAUAUAUUGUCCAGCUGGCUGCUUUCCACCAACUUCACUGCCUGCGACGUCACCCCACCACUUUUGCUCGGAUGUCACUAAACACUCCCACGAAGGUCGUUGCCGAAGUCGUUCACAAAUGUCGUAGUUUUUCCAAGAUUCAGCAAUGGGCUUGGAACAGGCGACUUAUGCACAAGGUGGACAAGGAUACUGUCGUCAAGGAUGAUCCUCUCGGCUGGAGGACGUAUACUUACACCCCGUGA